CAGGUGCGGUGCUCUCAGACAAGCUCUAUCUGACGUCACCGCGGAGAGCAUCGAGCGGAGCGGGGAGAGAAAGUGCGGUCGGUGGACCAGGGAAGGCGAAGCUCUCCGCGCAGAGCAGUGUGCUGGAGAAUUCACCAGACAUCUUACCUGAAGACGAGGUGCCUUCAUUGGAUUAUUUUCUCAUCCCGUUAGCCGUCAAAGAUAUUGCUAUAUAUGUUAUUGUUUUUAUUCACACGUAGGAUCAUUAUCCAGAACAUUUUUUUCCUGCUGAAUGACUAGCCUCUUUAUUUGGUUUUCCCGUUCCCUCCACCCCGCUUUCCAAACCCUUGUCUGUGUUUAACAAUUUCACACCUUCGCUCUUCCUCUGAUCCCACCCAACAUUCCCUGUUAAAGAUUCACCACCAGGAAAAUGGCUGAGCAAGACAUGCUUGUCCUAGAACAGCUGAAGCUUGUUUAAAUCUGUGGACUCCUACAGUGAAGUGAAGAACAACCCCAAACAGAUAGGAGCCACCGAGGUGAAUUCAAGGGUGUACCUGGCUUAACGUGAAGUGCACAGCCAUGCGGUGGGUGGGUUGGUGUGGUUUCCACUCCUCUUUCCACCACUGUGCAGGCGGACAAACUCAGCUGAGCAAUUAAACGCCAAAGCAAAUGAAACAGUGGAGCAGAAGCGGCCUAUUAAUUACAGCUCAGGGGGUGCAUCUGUGUGAAACCAGGUGGUUGGCCUGCAGAGCCACGUCUGGUGUGAGCAUGAACAUGACUAUGAAUGUCAACAUGAACCUCAGCACCAAGGAUGGGAAGAUCUUAGAUGGAGGUUUGAACGUCAUGCUGACCAUACGGCUGCUGAUGCAUGGAAAGGAAGUUGGAAGCAUAAUUGGAAAGAAAGGAGAAACUGUAAAAAAGAUGAGGGAGGAGAGUGGAGCACGGAUCAAUAUCUCAGAGGGUUCAUGUCCAGAGCGGAUUGUCACCAUCACGGGUCCCACAGAUGCCAUCUUCAAGGCAUUCUCCAUGAUAGCGGUCAAGUUUGAAGAGGAGAUCAAUGCAUCCAUGACAAACAGCACAGUGACCAGCAAACCUCCGGUGACAUUACGACUGGUGGUUCCAGCCAGCCAAUGCGGUUCACUCAUAGGCAAAGGAGGAUCCAAAAUCAAGGAGAUCAGAGAGACCACAGGGGCCCAAGUUCAGGUGGCAGGCGACAUGCUGCCCAACUCUACAGAAAGAGCAGUCACUAUCUCAGGCUCCCCAGAAGCCAUUAUCCAAUGUGUGAAGCAGAUCUGUGUAGUCAUGCUAGAGUCUCCACCCAAAGGUGCAACCAUUCCUUACCGCCCCAAGUCCACAUCAACACCCAUCCUUUUUGCUGGAGGACAGAUGCGCACAGACACAAUUCUGGGGUCAGCAGGGACUCCUGCUGUAUUAGCACAGCCUCAGCCCUCACCAGACAUGCCUGAGAUAUGGUCUGCAGGUCCUAAGGUACUCAUUUAAGCUCGAUCCUAGUAGAGAGGGCCAUUCUCUCUCUAGUCUAUAUGUUGCCCAGAACAUAAAGAGCUUCAUCACUAUGAAUUUAUUUACAUGAAAGCAGAGUGGCUCUUAGUUUUAUAUUGCAUUGAAUUUCUACAGAGCUCAAGCGAUACAUCCACAAUGGCCUCAUAAUACAGUUGACACAAAAACAUAAAGAUAUACAUACAUCCAGAACUAUCGCCUUUCAGGUGACUUUGGGGAGUGCAGGGUCAGCCAAACUCUUGUAUAUAUAGAGGUACAGCAUGGCUACCUUACAUACUAGUAUGAAGGGCCUUAAUUUACUUGAACUCCAGCUGGUAGCCAAUGAAUGAAGCCUAGAACCAGCGACACAUGUAAGUGUUUGGAGAUGGAGUGUAAACCUACAAGGCCUAAGUCACUGCAAAGAAGACAGUGAUUUUGAGCUCACAGUGAAGUUGUGGACUGACUGGGCACACUACAACUAAGAUAAUUGGGUAAACUCACCAUAACAUACAGGGGGCAGCAUGUGGCCUCAGCACAUUUGUGGCUCCUUGAGCAAGGCCCUUAACCCCCAGCUCCCUGGGCGCUGCUACAGGUGGCUGCCCUUCACAGACAACUUACUUUACAAAGAGCAAGUUGAGAGAGGUGUAAAAACAACUUUAUUAAAGUAUCGAUUAUUAUUAUAUCAAAACUAGAGAAAAUGCUUUGAAGUAUUGUGAGAGGCUGGAAGAAAUACUCAUUUACUGGUGCAGAUCAUCACUGAUCACUUAAGUGAUCAUAUAAAACAACCGAGGAAUAUGCAAAAUGAAGUCAAACACCGUCUUACACCCUAAAGGCCGCGUGGUAAUGAUACAAAUUGGUUGUUCCUCCCUCUGCUUCUCUGUUUUAAGGGUGGACAGUUCUGGGGCUCAUGUGCCAGACUCAGCUGGAUUUUGUUUCAGUUCAGCUUUUUGGCCUCUUCAAACAGCUGCUAGUUACAUAUUACAAUUACUGGGCUGCACCCUGGAUAGGAUUUUGGAGACAUUGUCUGCUAGGACAACACCGGGAACACAGGGAAAACACGAGCCACAGAGCUAAGGCCCAAAUUCAGCCCACACCCCUGGAGGUGUGAGGCUGCAGUGCUGACCACCAAGCCAUCACUUUGGAUAAAUAUUUGUACUAAACAACAACAAAAUAUGUUUCAUUGCUAAACAUUGUUGACUUAUUUCUUCUACUACGAAAAUAUUACAGUUCUUUAACACAUUUUUCCAAUGAAAUAUACUAAUUAUUUAUCAGUUCUUUAAAAAACUUAAUUCGUCAGGUAAUCCACCUUGAUGCUGAAAAGCAAGGAUUUUAUAGUGUUUCUUAGGGAGGUACUGUAUGCUUUGAUCCUAUAUUUCACUCUGUGAGAUGCUUGCUUUUGUGGUAUAACCACAAAAAUGUAACAUCUCUCAGACCAUGAUGACAGACUGCUGAAAAGACUGUUAUAACUAUACUGUAAUC